AUGCAAAAGCAGUACCCCGCGCAGGUCCCGACCGAGGUCCAUAGCCACCAGAACCGCUGGGAUCCGUACGUCGACAACGGCGGCACCUCUCUAGCCAUUGCCGGCGCCGACUACGUCAUCGUAGCUUCCGACACACGCCAGAGCAACGGCGGCUACAGCAUCAAUAGCCGCACCGAGCCCAAAGCCUUCAAGCUGAGCAACAACGUCGUCCUGGCAACCAGCGGUUUCGCAGCCGAUGCCAAACGCCUAGUCGAAGUAUUGGAGCAAAACGCUCUCACGUACUUUUACAAACAUAAUAAGCAAAUGACUGCACCGGCAAUGGCACAAAUGCUGUCCAACACACUGUAUGGUAGACGAUUCUUCCCGUACUAUGUGUUCCCUAUUUUGGCGGGCGUGGAUGCUCAGGGGAAGGGUGCUUUGUUUGCGUAUGAUCCAGUGGGAAAUAUGGAGAGGGUUAAUUAUCAGGCGUAUGGUUCGGCUGCGGCGCUGGUGCAGCCAUUUUUGGAUAAUGUCGUUGGAUUUAAGAACCAACGUGGUGCCGAUCCUAAUAGGCUUAUUGAGCGCGAUGAGGCUAUGCGGUUCGCUGUUGAUGCGUUUACGAGCGCUACUGAGCGUGAUAUCUACACUGGUGACUGGCUGGAUAUUUUCAUCAUUGACAAGGAUGGUGUGAAGCACGAGAAGAGAGAACUCAAGCAUGACUAA